AUGACCUCGGGGCCGGAGGCCGAGGUUGACCAGCUCCUGCAGCUGCUCCAGUCGACGAGCAAUGCUGGCCGCAGUCAGGCCGAGGCUCAGCUGGAGGCCUGGUGUCAGAAUCCGAGCUUCCUAAGAGUGCUGAUGACGCGCUGUCAUCACGCACCAACCAUCGGCAGUCGCCAGCUGGCUGCGACCAUCCUCUCCUGGAGGAGGGGCUCUGUAGCACUCUACCGCUUCGUGCUCCUUUCUGCGGAUGCCACCAGCCUCGACCCGCCUCGAGAUCUUGGCGUGAAGAUUGGGCUUUACUUUUGCUUCAUGUUUGUUUUAACGCGCAACUUGCUCUUCUAUCUCCGUGAUGAGCGGCCGUGCGGCCCGGGCGAUGUGGAGGAGGAGAUCGCUUUGCUCUCAGGCUACGCGCUGGCUCUUGUGCUUUUCCUUGGGACGGCCUGCUUGGCCCAGGAUGCCUGGGUCUCGGCAGUCCGUGCUGGAGGCUUCUCUUCGCCUCUUACCGGCCCUGCAGCCGGGUGCCUUCAUUCAGGCGUGGCUCGCAGCGCGGCUGGUACUGACGUCCUGGUGAGAGAGGAGGAAACAUCUUUCGAAAGGAGAGAGGUGCAAGCUCCUGCAUCCACGACACUAGGAUUUCAUGACGAAGGCCAGAAGGACGAGUUCAAGUGGAACUUGCUCGUGUUCGCACUUUUCCUGGCCUACGCGCUGUGCGAUUUGGACAAGGUGAACUUGUCGGUUGCCAUCCUGCCGAUUCAGGAUCGCUUCGGUCUUUCCGAGGCUGAUGUGGGUACCGCUUCCAGCUCCUUCUUCUGGGGAUACAUGCUGACGCAGCUCCCCGGAGCAAUGCUGAUUCAGCAGCUACCUGGUGGAGCUGCCACUGUGCUGGGCCUCGGCGUGUUCAUCCAGAGCGUGGGCACAACCUGCACCGCGGCAUUAGAAUACGUCACCGACUCCCAGGUGGCCUUGGCAGUCCUUUGCGCCUCCCGUGCCCUGGUCGGCCUUGGGGAAGGCCUCGGCGUCCCUGCCAUUGGCGCUUCCCUCGGUCAGCUCCCGAAUGACCGGCGCUCCUCCGGGACCAGCGUGGUGUAUUCUGGAUCCACGACAGGCGUGGGCUUAGGUUUGCUGGCAUGCCCCUUCCUGAUCCAGCACUUUGGUUGGCCAUUCGUUUUCUGGGCGUUUGCCAGCGCGGGACUCGUUUGGACCGGCUGGUGGGCCUUCAUCUGUGCAGACCAGCAGGAGAGCGAAGACAAGACAACGGAAGGCGCCGUGCCAUGGAAGGAGAUCCUCCGCAACAAGGGCGUGUGGUCUGUCGUGGCGUGCCACGCCAUGAGCAACGUCGCAUUCUACUCGCUUCUGACUUGGAUGCCUACCUUUUUCAGCAAAGGAGCUGGGCUCAGCAUCGAGGCGGCAGGCUUUUGCGCCUUCCUUCCUUACCUGUUCGGUGCUUUGGCAAGCCCCUUGGUUGGUCAGCUGGCAGACAAACUGCUCAAAGACGGUUGGGAGGUCAGCUUCCUCCGACGGGUCUUCCAAGGUGUGGCUUUCUUCGGUGGCGCCAUCUGCAUGCUCCUCAACGCAUUCCUCGGACCAUCCUUAGGAACUGUUGGUCAGGUGGCCCUCCUGGUGGCCGCGACCACGCUGAAGUCUGCGGAUCGAGCUGGGCUUUUCUGCACCCACGCCGACCUCAGCCCGCGAUACGCGGGCGCCCUGCUGGCCCUGUCCACCACGGCAGGAGCCAUAGCGCCCAUCCCAGACAUGGUGAAUGCCUUGUCUCGUGCCAUGAAACUUGGUUGCGCUGAGGUGAUUGAGUUCAUCGGCAAGCUCAUCGAUGAGACGGGGUCCUUUGGAUUGGGUCUCUUCGCGCCUUUGAUUGACGGUUUCAGUGAUUGCCAAGUGUCCGGAACGUCAAGCUUUACCGCCAGGUGCCAGUCGCCAUUGCGCAGGUUCUCGGGGGUCUGA